ACCAAUACACGUUCAACGUUCAACGUUCAGCGCUCAACCCCAUCCUUCGAGCCACCAUGUCUUCUCCUACAGCAGCGACAUCCAAUCCUCCCGUUUCCCGCAACCGAAGUGUUACGCAUCUUGGAGGAGAUAACGCAGGAGACCGUGGAUUCAAGCGCAAAUUCGAGGAUGCAAUUCAUAAAUUGGACGAGGCAGUGGGAUCACUCGCAUCUUCUGAAACACCUCCACCGUCAAAGCGAGCAAAGCUCUCCCGCUCACUAUAUUCCACUCUGUCGAAGUACGGCAUCAAGAAAGGCUCGAAGGAACCGACGCAAAUCUCGCGUCUAGACAGUCUCUCCAAGACCGCCCCUCACUUUGUUUCUAUCCUGAACCGCGCGGCUACAAAGACUCGCAAGUCAAUACCCUUCAAACCGGGACAUACGCCGUCGCUCUCACUUUUGUCUGCCCCCUCUACCGCUUCUGAAUAUCGUCCUUCCUCGACAGCAUCUUUUCUCUCCCGCCUCUCUUCUUACAAGCUUACCACAUACGCAAAUAAGCCCGCGUCAAUAGAUGCAGUGGCUGCGGCAAAGUGCGGAUGGGUAAACGAAGGGAAGGAUAGGCUGGUCUGCGGUAUUUGUGGCGUAUCUUGGGUUAUUGCGAAUAGCCAUGGGAUGGGAAGAGAUGCCGCCACCGCGCUUAUCGAGAAAAUGCGUACCAAUCUCGUGGAGAUGCACAAGGACGGAUGCCCAUGGAAGUUUAAGCAAUGCGAAGGCAAGUUGAAAAUCACUCGUCCUGCGAACAUUACUAACUGUCGUAAAGACUCAAUAUAUCGAGUUCCCCUGCAGACUCCUUCUGUUACGACGAGAGAGCUGAAAGCUCGGGCUGCGAAGCUUGAUCUUGUUGUCAAAAAUAUACAAAUCAAGCACCCACUUUCGGCUGCUCAACUCCAGACACUCCUCGCCAUUCUCCGCCCCCCCAAGCUGCACAAAGACGUUCCUCCUAGCGGUACAGAUUCUGCUGCAGAAUUCAUGGAAGCUGAUGAAGCGCCUGAACCCUGCGAGACUGCUAUAUUAACUGCAUUGUUUGGAUGGACAAUUGUGCUACCAACAACCCCUUCAGCAAUCCCCCAGCCUACGUCAAUCUCGCGGUCAGUAUCGAUCGCACCGUCAACUCCCAGGCGUCCGAAUCUUGGUCCGAACUACACCUCCAUAUCCCGCAGUUCCACUCCUACACCGUCGAGUCCUCGACCGUCACCGAGCGGGCGAGGCCUCAGCACAUUGAGCAUAGCCAGCGCGAGCGCUUCUGCUAUCUCAAGGACGAGGCCAGACAGCACGUUGCUUUUCUGCCCCCUGUGCCAGCGACGGAUUGGCUUGUGGGCAUUUAUUCCUCAGCUCCACUCUAAUGGGGACGUCAUACCGAUGCCUUCUGGCCCAUCAUCGGCUGGGGAGACGACAAGUCAGCCACGGAGACAGUUGGAUGUUCUGAAAGAACAUCGAUCGUACUGCCCUUAUGUUGUAAAAUCGACGGUCCUCCCAUCUCCUCCUGUUCUUCCCGCCAUCCGCCCGCAGACACCGACAACGCGAGCCGAGUCUUAUACGCUUGGCUCAAAUCCGUCCUUGUUGCAGGUCAAUGGACAGCUUCAAGCCACCGAGGGCUGGAGGGCUGUCAUGUCAAUGGUCUUACGAUAUGGCGCCACGCAAAAACAGAGAUUAGGUCGGCCUAGCAGCCUCAUCGAGACACAUGUUACGGCAAACUCUGGAAAUACGAGUGCUCCUGUUGAAGGGGAAGUGCAAGAACUUGACCAAGUGGGCGCCAUGGUAGAGGGAGUAAAAACUCGAGGCGGUCGGGAUCUUCUGAAGUACGUCAAGGGUUUACUGGGAUAACGGACGGGCAGUACUUGAGGAUACCGCGCCGCCUCCUUAGCGUGCAUCGUAGCCAGAAUGAAUGCUUCUAUUGAACGUUUAACCCUUGUACUCUUAUACUUCUUUGAGCUUUCUCAUUACAAGCGCACGCUGUCCUUGUGUCACAAUGGU